AUGGUGCGUGGUGUUGAAGGCAACGAAAUGUCCACGCCUCGCCCCUCACAAAAGAAGUCGCAGCCACCGUCCGGCUCACAGUCAGGGAAGAACCAGAAGUCGAUUCUGGGCUUCUUCCAGAAGAAGUCGACCAAUUCGCCCAGUCCUGCGCCAUCCACGCCAACCACAGUCAAGAAGACACCAGUCUCUACCCUAUCCAAGACUGCCUUCAACAGACCUCCCGCGUCCAUCACGCCCAUCCCCAGCAGUGACGCGCCUGUGCCAUCCAGUCCGAUACGGCAGGAGCAAGACACACCCCAGGGAAGGAACAAAGAGAAUGUCUUCAAAGCUGAGACUAACCACAUCUCGUCAGAAGUUGCAGGCGUUGCAUUCAGUAGUCCCUCGCGCAAGGCUAUGCAGGCCCGGAAAAGUGUAAACUAUGCCGAAUCAGACGACGACGAAGACGAGGAUGACGUGCUUGGCCCAAUUGCCAACAACUCCAGGGGCAGAGCCACCAAGCGUAUGAGGGUCAGCGUGCAAGAAGAUUCAGACGAUGAAUUUGGCUUGGAUGCUGCAACGCAACAGGCCAUGAUCGACGAUGAUGUCGACGACUUUAUCGUACCGGACGACUCCGACGACGAGGUCGUCUCGAAGAAGCGCAAACGACCAUCAUCGACAAAGCCAACCAUCAAGUCCGCGCCCCCAUCUUCCCCGCCAGUCAUACACUUCAAGGAGGAAACGGAAGAAGAUGUGGUAAUGUCAGGCACAUCAACCGCCCAGAAGUGGACAUACAACGCCGAGAACCCCAUGGUCUAUGUGCCGCGCCCAUGCCAAGACUCGAAGAAGGACGUGAACAAGAGGAAAGAGAGGCCGUCUGCUUCCGAGCCCGAGAAGAGAUACCCGUGGCUAGCAAACAUGGAAGACGCAGAUCGCCAUCCCUCUGACCAUCCCGACUAUGACCCGCGCACGCUCUACAUCCCUCCAGGCGCAAUGAAUGCUUUUUCGCCAUUCGAGAAGCAAUACUGGGAGAUCAAGAGCAAGUUCUGGGAUACCAUUGUCUUCUUCAAGAAGGGCAAAUUCUAUGAGCUCUAUGAGAAAGAUGCCUCCAUCGGCCACCAACUGUUCGACCUCAAGCUGACGGAUCGAGUCAACAUGAGAAUGGUUGGAGUGCCAGAAGCUUCCUUGGACAUGUGGGCGACUCAAUUCGUCGCGGCUGGCCAUAAGGUCGCAAGGGUUGACCAAAUGGAGUCGGCCUUGGCGAAGGAGAUGCGUGAACGUGACGACAAGAAGUCUACCACAAAGAAGGCAGACAAAGUUAUCCGAAGAGAACUGGCUGCCGUACUGACUGCGGGUACGCUUGUCGACACUGGCAUGCUUCAGAGUGACAUGUCAACCUACUGCAUGGCCAUCAAGGAGAUUGAGAGAGACAACCUUCCUGCAUUCGGAGUCGCAUUCGUCGACUCUGCAACGGCACAGUUCCAGCUCUGCGAAAUUGCAGACGAUAUCGACAUGACGAAGUUUGAGACACUUAUCGCGCAGAUGAGGCCGGGUGAGCUGCUCAUUGAGAAGUCAUGCAUUUCGGCGAAAGCACUGCGCAUCUUGAAGAACAAUACAGCCCCAAGCACUAUCUGGAAUUACUUGAAGCCAAGCAAGGAGUUCUGGCCCGCAGACAUCACGAUUCGCGAAAUCGACUCAAACAAUUACUUCGAAUCGCCGACAGAGGAUAACGUCGAAGCCUGGCCACCCGUGUUACGAGAAGCGAGAGAGCAGGAUUUGGUCAUGUCAGCUUUUGGCGCGCUCCUGCAGUACCUUCGCACCCUGAAGAUCGAGCGCGAUCUCGUUACGUGCGGCAAUUUCCAAUGGUAUGACCCGAUCCGCAAAUCUACUACUCUAGUCCUAGACGGCCAGAGCUUGAUCAACCUUGAAAUAUUCGCCAAUAGCUUUGACGGGUCUGCCGAGGGCACACUUUUCGCAAUGCUGAAUCGAUGCAUCACCCCAUUUGGCAAGCGACUACUUCGACAGUGGGUAUGCCACCCACUAGCAGACGCACAGAAGAUCAAUGCUCGCCUUGAUGCUGUGGAUGCACUCAACGCAGACUCCACCAUCAUGGACAACUUCAGUGCCUCGCUCAGCAAACUACCUGAUCUAGAGCGACUCAUCUCACGUGUCCAUGCCAACCGCUGCAAAGCUCAGGACUUCCUGAAGGUACUUGAAGGAUUCGAGCAGAUUGAGUAUACCGUCAGUCUUUUGAAGCAGUUCAGCGAAGGUGAAGGUGUCAUUGGACAACUCAUCACUUCCAUGCCAGACCUUGCUUCUGCACUGGAGCCUUGGAAAUCUGCCUUUGAUCGCGACCUAGCGAAGAAGGAAGGCAUUCUUGUUCCCGAGCCUGGUGUCGAAGAAGACUUCGAUAAUAGCCAACAGGAGAUUGACGAGUGCAAAGCAAACCUGGACCAGCUUCUCAAGAAGGCACGCAAAGAGCUCGGGAACAACGGGAUCGUCUUCAAAGACAUCGGCAAAGAAGUCUACCAACUGGAGGUCCCAAAGAAGGUUAAGGUGCCCAACACAUGGGAUCAGAUGUCAGCUACAGCUAAAGUUUCACGGUACUAUACUCCUGAACUGCGGAAGCUUGUCCGAGCUCUUCAGGAGGCCGAAGAGACUCAUGGUCAAAUCGUACGCGAAGUAGCAUCGCGGUUCUGCGUUCGCUUUGACGAAAACUACAAGACCUGGCUUGCUGCCGUCAAGAUCAUUGCUCAGCUCGAUUGCUUGAUCAGUCUUGCUAAGGCGUCAUCCUCACUCGGAGAACCUAGCUGUCGUCCAGUGUUCUCGGAAGGCAAACGCACCGUUGUUGAGUUCGAAGAGCUACGCCACCCGUGCAUGCUCAACACUGUGGACGACUUCAUCCCCAACGACAUCAGGCUUGGUGGAGAUGAAUCAAACAUCAGCUUGCUCACCGGUGCCAAUGCGGCUGGAAAAUCCACCAUCCUUCGCAUGACAUGUAUCGCAGUCAUUAUGGCGCAGGUUGGCUGCUACCUGCCCUGCACAUCUGCAAAGCUCACACCGGUGGACCGCAUAAUGUCGCGUCUCGGUGCCAACGACAACAUCUUUGCAGCCCAGUCUACAUUCUUCGUCGAACUCUCCGAGACCCAAAAGAUUCUUUCGGAAGCUACACCUCGUUCUCUCGUUAUUCUUGAUGAACUUGGCCGUGGUACAUCCUCCUAUGACGGCGUCGCGGUCGCGCAAGCUGUGCUCCACGACAUAGCAUCUCGUGUGGGCUGUGUAGGCUUCUUCGCUACACAUUACCGUUCCCUCGCCAAGGAAUUCGAGUUCCAUCCUGAGGUUCAAAACAAGCGAAUGCGUAUCCAUGUGGACGAGUCCUCCAAGUCCAUUACCUUCUUGUACAAGCUUGAAGAGGGCGUUGCAGAGGGCAGCUUUGGUAUGCACUGCGCUGCAAUGUGCGGAAUUCCAAGCAAGAUUAUCGACAACGCUGAGAAGGCUGCUCGCGAGUGGGAGCACACAUCCCGACUGGGUGAACGGAUGGAGGUCAAUCGUGAUGAAGGAGGUGUGUACGUACCUCUUGGUGUGCAGAGCGACGUUGCUUGGGCUCUCAGAGAGGGCCUUGAAGGCGUAGGCGACAGGGCCUUGGAUGUACUGAGAGAGGCUAUUGCGGCUCUCUGA